CCCCCACUAUUUGAAACUCCUGAAAGGUACUUAGGUACCUACCACUUGAAGAAACCUUCACAAUUCACAAAUCUCUCAAUUCUCAUUCUCAAAGCGAGUCGCGAAAAUUCGGACAUCUCGGUGAAUUAGGGGCAUGGAAUCACCGAAACCGACGUUACGGUUCACGCUGGGAAAGCAGUCGUCGAUGGCGCCGGACCGGCACAAGGAGGAGCACGAGACCGACGGUGAUGAGGUGGCGGAGGGGAUCGAUCCGGGGGUGCGCUUGAUGUACCUGGCCAAUGGAGGCGACGUGGAGGGAAUCAGAGAGGUCCUGGAAUCAGGAGUCAACGUCAACUUCAAGGACAUCGACGGUCGCACGGCCCUCCACGUGGCCGCCUGCCAGGGCCUCGCCGACGUCGUUUCGCUCUUGCUCGACCGCGGCGCCGAGGUCGACGUCAAGGACAACUGGGGGAGCACCCCCCUCGCGGAUGCUAUAUAUUACAAGAACCACGAGUCGAUCAAGCUUUUGGAGAAACACGGCGCCAAGCCUCUGAUGGCUCCAAUGCACGUUAACCAUGCUCGUGAAGUCCCGGAAUACGAAAUUGAUCCAAAAGAGAUUGAUUUUACCGACAGUGUCGGAAUAACCAAGGGAACGUUCCAUAGAGCGUCGUGGCGGGGGAUACAGGUAGCUGUGAAGAGGCUUGGGGACGAAGUAAUUAGUGAUGAGGAUAAAGUGAGGGCAUUCAGGGAUGAGCUUGCAUUGCUUCAGAGGAUACGACAUCCAAAUGUAGUCCAGUUUCUGGGUGCUGUGACUCAAAGUAGUCCGAUGAUGAUUGUGACAGAAUAUCUGGCCAAGGGAGAUCUUGCCGCAUUCAUGAAAAAAAAAGGACAAUUAAAGGCACAAACAGCUGUGAGAUUUGCACUUGAUAUUGCAAGGGGAAUGAAUUAUUUGCACGAGAAUAAGCCAGAACCAAUAAUUCAUCGUGAUCUUGAACCUUCAAAUAUAUUGCGGGAUGAUUCUGGGCACUUGAAAGUUGCAGACUUUGGAGUUAGCAAGUUGAUGACAGUUAAAGAAGAUAGGCCUCUUACUUGUCAAGAAACUUCCUGCCGAUAUGUGGCUCCAGAAGUUUUCAGCAACAAAGAAUAUGAUACCAAAGUUGAUGUUUUCUCAUUUGCUUUAAUUCUGCAAGAGAUGAUUGAAGGCCAGCAACCAUUUUCUGCAAAGCAAGAAAAUGAAGUUACUAAAGUAUAUGCUCUAAAAGAGCGUCCCCCUUUUAGAGCUCCAGCAAAGCGCUACGGACAUGGACUUAAAGAGUUGAUUGAGGAGUGCUGGAGUGAGAAUCCAGCUAAAAGACCAACAUUUCGGCAAAUAAUAAGAAAGCUGGAGUCCAUUCACAACAGUUUUGGCCAUCCAAGGCAUUGGAAGGUUUCUACUCUCUCUCUCUUCGUGUGUGUGUGUGUGUUGCGCCGUUGAGAUGCUUUCAGAACCUGGAGGCCAUGUUGAAGAAAGAUCAUUCCGACGAUCUAAGCAGCCGGGGCCAGUCAUCUCAUUCGAGCACCAGAAGCCCAUGAAUAACUUGUGCUCUGUUUAGCUUAAGAUGUGCAGAAACACUUUCCCAGUUUGGUUUUUAUUCGGGAGAAUCAUUUUCUUGUCUUUGUAAAAUUCCACCAACAGUAGUUGAACGCGAAGCUGACUUUCCCUUUGAAUUUGUGGGCUGAGAAUCACAUUCAUAUUCCAUGUAUUGCUUUAAUAACUGAGGCUGUUCAUGUACAUUGUAUAUGUAAACACAUCUUUAAUGAAUUUUAUUGUGCCAUGUCCA